AUGGAGCUAGAACUAUUCGAUGUAUGGGGGAUUGACUUUAUAGGGCCAUUCCUAUCCUCCUACUCAAAUAGUUAUAUACUUGUGGCUGUAGAUUAUGUGUCAAAAUAUGGAGUCAAACACAAGGUGGCAACCCCUUAUCAUCCACAGACAAACGAGCAAGCAAAGAUUUCCAAUAGGGAGCUAAAAAGGAUUCUUGAAAAAACUGUUGGAAGCUCAAGGAAGAACUGGUCUAAGAAGCUAGACGAUGCUUUAUGGGCCUACAGGAUAGCCUUCAAGACCCUCAUUGGGAUGUCACCAUACCAACUGAGGCUAAGGCAACACAAUGAGCUAGAAGAAUUUAGGAACCAAGUAUAUGAGAAUGCAAAGAUCUACAAAGAUAACACAAAAAGAUGGCAUAAUCAAAAGAUAGCAAGGAGGGAGUUCACUGAAGGACAAAAGGUGUUAUUGUACAAUUCUAGACUUAGGUUCUUCCCUGGGAAGCUUAAGUCUAGAUGGUCUAGACCCUUCACCAUUAUCAAAGUGUGCCCUUAUGGUCAUGUGGAGCUCAUGGAGGACAAAACACAGAGAACCUUCAUUGCAAAUGGCCAUAGACUCAAGCAUUACCUGGGGGACUCACUGGAUGAAAGGAGAGUGAGCUACCACCUCAACUGA